AUGAAAACGUGGCAUUCCACGUGCUCGACGAAUGAACGAAAGUGCACGGUGAUAAAUAUCUGCUCCGUAAGAAAGGGUGAUAUACGUAUACACUACACCAGUCACGUAAUGGUUAAGCCGGCAGUGAUGCAGGAAACGAAUGCACGCAUCGCUUCCGUAUUCGAAACCGCGAGUCGUAAAUCGAGCAAGCAUCGUUUAAGUGCAUGGCUACAAUAUAAAGCAGCGUCGGCAUUUGUCUUGUUCGACAUGGGCGGCAAUUACUGCGGAUAUGCGGCCGACAUUACGUGCAGUUUUCCGGCCAACGGAAAGUUCACCGAGGAUCAAAAGCUGAUCUACAACGCGGUGCUGAAGGCGCGCAACGAGGUGCUCGCGGCCGCGAAGCCGGGAGUCGCCUGGACGGACAUGCAUCUGCUGGCGAACAGGGUCAUGUUGACGGCGUUGAUUGAGGGUGGACUGCUGGUGGGCGACGUCGAGGAGAUGAUAAAAAUGGGCUUGAACGAAGUGUUCCAGCCUCACGGGCUGGGCCACUUGCUGGGGCUGGAUGUGCACGACGUCGGUGGAUAUCUGUCCGGUCAUCCUGAACGCCCGAAGCAAGUAGGAUUGAGAAAGUUGAGAACCGCGCGAGUACUGCGCGCCGGAAUGGUUCUCACGGUGGAGCCGGGCUGUUACUUCAUUGACUUCUUGCUGAACUCAGCUCUUGCCAAUCCGUAUCAAAAGAAAUUCUUCGUGCCGGAACAGUUGCAGAGGUUCCGCGGUUUCGGCGGCGUCAGGAUCGAGGAUGACGUCCUCAUAACGGAAACCGGAGUGGAAAAUCUGACGGAUGUUCCUCGCACAGUCGAGGAGAUAGAGAGCUUCAUGCAGAGUUGAUAGGUCAACAGGGAUA